GAACAGAACACAGUCAAGUACAACUACAAUGGGUUCACGGCUUUUACUAGUGUUUUCAAUCGCAGUUAUCUUAAUGCUUCUUGGUGAUUUUACAUCAGGUCAAAUAAGAUGUUCGCCAUUUCCUUGUAAAAAGAAAAGAAACUACUUGGUAUGUCAUAUACAUUACUAGUUGACAGCUCGGUGUUUUUGAGUUUCAGAUAUAGUCGCCAUAAAAACAUGCAACGUCCGGUCAAAACUCAAAAGCUGUUGAAAAUUGUUGGAAUUAUAUGCCAUUAGCUUGAUAAAUUAGACUGUACAAAUUGUACAAUAAUGUUAUUGGUUAUACAAUAGAUUAUACAGAGGGAUCUUUUAUAUGAGUAUAUAUAUAACAUGCCCUUCGUAUCAGAGUUUAAAACCGUUUUGAAUAUAUACAUAAAACAAAGUCAAAAUAUAAUUGGAGAAAGGCCAUCAAUUGGAUGUAAUCCUUUCAAAGUGCUACAUACAAAGGGAUUAAGCCAACUUAGCUUACUAUCUUGUUCCAUGGCAUAUUAUUGAAACUCGUGAUACUUAUUUCCUUGUUUGUUCAAUCUUAAGUAUAUGCCUGAUCUGUAUAGUGUAAACUUUGACCUUAUUAAAGACACAAUUAGUAUUGGUUUGUGAGACUAAAUAAAGCUAAUAUAUAUAGUUAAACAUCUUAUAUACAACACAAACUUGAAAUUAUUUUUUAAUACAUCAUAAUUAUUAGAAAGGUUAACUUAAAAGGUUAUUAUUUCAUGCAUGAUUUUUCUUGACGUGCGUUUCAGCUAGGUUGCUAAAGGAACAGGUGUAACUCACCCCCAACUGUUGCUACAUGCAAGAAUUUUCCCCUAUAUGAAAGUCGUUUCAUUAAGUCUUUGUUUUCUAUGUGUUUAUAUAUAAAGCAAUUUGUUAAACAAAUAUGGACUAUAUUGUUUCGAUUUGUAAAAAAGGUAUGGAUGGGUAAACAAUGAUUCAAAACAUCUCUUAGCCGAGUAUAUACGUGUCGGAGCGAAUGCUCCACUGCAUGUCCCCAUUCAAAUUCAGAAUUCAAGCGUUAUAAUAUUGUAUCUGUUUUAUUGCAAUUGAAAUAGAUUGUGGUAUUCGUAUCUCGAAAAGAGAGACAACUUUUCUAAACACUUUGUAACCGCGAAUUAAAAAUGUAAAUAUAAACAACUAUCCUAUGGUGUAUAAUUUUUGUUUAAAAAAAACGCUGCAUGAUAUUUAAACUUCUUCCCACGAUGUAUGGACAUAUAUGGAAUCACCUUGACUUAUCUACUUGUAUAGUAAUAGUAUGGUUUCGCCAGUGCAAUGGACCUUUCCCCUUAUAAUUAAAAUUUUGAUCUAGACAAGUCUAGACAAAAAUUUCAUCACAGCUUGAAAGAGCAUUACAAAAUUAGUAAUAUUCCGAAGUUUCGUUGCGAAAUAUUGUAAAAUGCGGAUAAUAUAGCCUUGCGAAAUUUGCAAUUUUCAGUCAUUUUGUAUUACAAACGGGAAAUUGAUGCCCCAACACCCGAUUGGGCUGUCAAUUUCCCAUGCGUAAUACAAAAUGACUGAAAAACGGCAAACUUCGCAAGGCUAUAUUAUCCGCAUUUUACAACAUUUCGCAACGAAACUUUGGAAUAUUACUAAUUUUGUGAUGCUCUUUCAAGCUGUGAUGAAAUUUUUGUUGAGAUCAAAAUUUUAGUUAUAAGGGGAAAAGGUCCAUUUGGAAACUGAAGCAUGCACGAGUGAGUUUUUCAAAGACUGUCAAAAUUGCAUGAGUGCAAUUUGAAGUCUUUGAAGAACUCAUGCAUGGAGUGUAUGUUUUUUCAAAUUGCACGAGAAAUCAUACUAUUUAACGAAUUGAUAAGAUUUUACCGUUGUCAGUUCAGCUAUAGAUACACAGUAUGACGUCAUAAUGUGGUAAGAACAAAAGAGUGGUAACGAGCCGCCGAGGCGAGUGGGUGACUUUUCUGUUCUUCCCACAUUAUGAUGUCAUUUUGUGUAUCUAUAGCUGAACAAACGACGGCAAAAUCUUAUCUAUUUGUGUUAUAUAAUAAAACUGAUAAAAAACCCGAAUGGACCAUUUGCAUUAUAGACUAAAUUUUGAUCUAGACAAAAAUUUCAUCACAGCUUGAAAGAGAAUUAGUAAAAUUACAAAGUUUCGUUGUAAAAUGUUGUAAAAUGCGGAUAAUAUAGCCAUGCGAAGUUUGCCGUUUUUCAGUCAUUUUGUAUUACGCACGGGAAAUUGACAGCCCAAUCGGGUGUUGGGGCAUCAAUUUCCCGAUUUGUAAUGCAAAAUGACUGAAAAUUGCAAAUUUCGCAAGACUAUAUUAUCCGCAUUUUACAACAUUUCGCAACGAAACUUUGGAAUAUUACUAAUUUUGUGAUGCUCUUUCAAGCUGUGAUGAAAUUUUUGUCUAGAUCAAUAUUUAGUCUAUAAUGCAAAUGGUCCAUUAAACAGGUACUAGCUUACUUUUUAUCCACCCAAACAUUUGGAAAUUUGAAAAGUCGAAGUUUACAAAUAUCACACGUAGAUGAUCUAUAUACAAAUAAGGAAAAGUUACUGGCUACCUUAAUUCAUGAUUCCCCUUAUUACGUUUUCGUAGCGCUUUGCAUUGUGGAAAUAGUGGCAUCAGUGAUAAAGAUAGCGGCCUCGAAUAUUUUGCUGUUGGCUAUAUCGCCCACCUGAUCCUAGCUUUUUUAAACGUUCUUGCGCGGGUCAGGACAAAAAAUAAGCCACUGACGUCACAAAUCCUUAGAGUGUCCUCCAGAUGCUCCCUAACAAUAUCUGUUCGGGUACAACAACCACAUAUAGCGCAAAAUUAACCAUUUUAAUACAAAAUUAUUAUAAAGUUUUACAAAAUUUGGGUUGUUUACAAAAGUUAUAUUAUGCAUAGAUUGCUAAUUUGUCCUCCAGAUGCAUCAUCGCCGGCGCUGUGACGUCAUGUGCAAGGGGUCUAUAUCAUUGAUACCACUAUAACCACAAUGCAAAGCGCUACGAAAACGUAAUAAGGGGAAUCACGACUUGUGACGUAAAUCCGUGCAUCUGUCCUCCAGUAGAUCAUGGCUCUCGACCAAUGAAAGCGCUUGAAUUCUUAACGUUAUUAUAUAAUACUCAUUAAUAAUAUAGGCAUGAAAAAAUUAAGCAGUCACUCCUAAAAACACCACAAUGCCGUUUGGGUUUUUUUGUAUUAUUUCUGAUGGAAAUUGCUGUAUCUUAUUGGCUAUCUUUGUUAUUGUUUCAUAUUUAAACCAAUCAGAAAGCCUAAAUAUUGUAUUUCUUUUCUUUGCGCUGUAUUCCAUUUUUUGAUACUGUAUUUCAAAAAAAUUGCACCGCUCAGAUCUUAGGCUUAGCCAAUCAGAAUUGAGAAUUUUUUCAUGCAUAUAUUUUUCAUUAAUUAUUAUACUCUAUAAUUCUGUAUAUUCGGCAAAGCAUAAAUUGUUCUGAAUUCUCAAUUUUGCAUUUUCUUUCAUUUUUAGACAAAGGGAUUCAGAAAAUUGGACAGACACAAUGGGGCAAACACUGAUAUCACUUAUAACGACGAUGUUACGUUUAGUGGAAAAAGAAAGAUGUAUUUAACCGCGGCAGAACGAUUAGAGAAACUAAGGAGCAUUAUCCACCAUUAUACUCUUGGCGCCAAUGAAAAUGAAAAUGAAAAUAAGUGAAGAAGUUAUUAGAGUUUGACCAUGUGAAGAAUAUUGACGAACAAAGUUACAAAUCAUAUUUUAAGAGUAAUUUAUUUUAACGUUCAAUAUGAAACAAACGUAUACAUGCAUGCAUGAAUACAUAAAACUAUAAUCCUGCAAAAUAAAAUAUGGCUGUGUCUUAACUCACAAGCUACAAUGAUUUUAUUUGACCAAACUGCGUCUGA